AAAAUAUUUGAUCCGCCAUUUUAUGACAUUAGUCAAAUUAACAUCUCAAAAUGUUCGGCCUUUUAUCAAAAUUAUUCGUUUUGGUCAUUGCAUAUAUUAUUCUUAGCUCCCAAUUUGAUUCUUGCUCAUCGAAACCAUCGGGUUAUGGAAAGAACGGUAAUGCUGGAAAUAAACCCUGUUUGAAUAAAUUGUGCGUGGGUAAAUGCGGAAAGCCUGGUUGUACGCAGCCAUUGUCCAAUGGAAAUGGUAAAACACAACAAAAACCUUGCCAGAAUGCAAAGUGUGUUGGGGAAUGCCGGAGCCCUGGGUGUUUAAUAAAUCGAGCUGAAAAUAGGAAGCCAGAAGAUCCGGAUGACCUAACACCGGCUAAAACUUUAUCAAACGAUCAAAGCCCACCGCUGAGAGGCGACUUGAGCUGCCAAAAGUGCUCCUCUCCAAAGAACUGACCGGCCCCAUCUUCACAUCCAACUCUACCGAUCCCAAACCCUACGCACAGUGCACCAAAUGCAGCCUUCAAACGACGCCUGACAAUACAGCCGUGAUAAUUUCAUGUUACGACUGCACUGAUCUCAAACCAGUACCGGGAGUUUGUGGUGGCGUGCCGGACGACGAGCCAAAUUCAACUAAGGAGGCCGAAGCUGAUACAAAAAGGAUUGCCGAAGUUCCAGCCGAAGCGGCAUUCCCGAUUACAAGUGGACCAAAUCAGGUAAAUCCGGUCAGAAAUCAAAAUAAGAUAAACACUGAAAUACAAAAUCAAGAAAACGGAAUAAGUGAAUGCGGCACUGAAAUCGAAGUGGAGCCAGAAGAUCAAGAAUAUUGCAAACCUUCGUUUGUCUAUCUGGUUUAUUAUAUUGAAAUCGCGAAUUAUACUGAAAGGCAGCCGAGUUGCACGCGGUAAUGACACUGAUACAUCAGUAUUGAUUCAUUAUUUCAUACGAAGUGAAGAAAUUGAGUGAACAGUGCUACAAACAGGAAAUAUCACGAAAAAAAUUUCGUUGAAAUAAUAGAAAAAUGUUACGUCGAUUAGCACUGUGCAAGAAUUAUUUAAAAUUCUACAAACAAUCCUCGUGCCAUUCUUCGCAACUCGUGCGCAAGCAGCUCAUCAGUGAAGAACAAACUGACAUUCAAAACUUCCAUGUUGGAACAUCCCUGCAUGGUUUUACUGUGAAAGAUGUCCAGAAAAUUGAUGAAUUCAACCUAACUGCAAUUAAUCUGAUUCAUGAUAAAACACAAGCUCAAUAUUUGCAUUUCUAUAGAAAUGACUCCAACAAUGUCUUCUCUAUCAACUUUAGAACAACUCCAAUGAAUAGUUCUGGAUUACCUCACAUUUUAGAACACACUGUGCUCUGUGGAUCUAAAUUAUAUCCAGUUCGCGAUCCGUUUUUCAAAAUGCUAAACAGAUCACUGGCUACUUUUAUGAAUGCAAUGACUGCUUCAGAUUUUACGAUGUAUCCGUUUAGCACUCAAAAUUUAUCAGAUUAUCGCAACUUACAGCGGAUAUAUUUGGACGCAGUCUUUCGACCGAAUUUAAAAGAAACUGACUUUAUGCAAGAGGGCUGGCGUUUAGAGAAUAGCACAUUAACGGAUAUUAAAUCGGAUUUGGUGAUCAAAGGAGUUGUAUAUAAUGAGAUGAAAGGAGUUUUCUCUGAGAACGAGUCGAUACUUCAACAAAAAUUGCAGAAUUCUGUUCUGCCAGAUCAUACAUAUGGUGUAUGUUCAGGCGGUGAUCCUCUAAAUAUUCCUGAUCUAACAUGGGAUGCGUUGAAAAAGUUUCAUCAAGACCACUAUCAUCCAAGUAAUUCGCGGUUUUAUUCAUACGGAAAUUUCCCAUUGUCUCCUUCGUUGGAAUAUAUAAAUAGCGAAUAUUUAGCGAAUGUUGAAAGACAAAAUACUCAGCAUACCGAAGUACCACCGCAUACACGAUGGGACGCACCACGAAGUAUUCAAAUUAAAGGACGGUUUGAUAAGAUGGGCGAACCGUUUGAGACUCAAAACUCAAUAGUGAUUUCGUACAAAAUGUCUGAUAUCAAAAAUAUUUAUGAAACAUUUGUAAUACAGUUUGUAUCUGAGUUGUUGAUGAAAGGCCCCAAUUCACCCUUCUACAAAUCUAUGAUUGAGCCGAAUAUAUCCGGUGGUUUUACACCAUCCACUGGUUUCGACGCGCAAAUCCGCGAUUCAGUAUUUUCUUUGGGUUUACAAGGCGUCAAAGUCGAAGAUUUUGGUAAAAUUGAAAAAAUCUUCAACGAUACGAUAGAUAAAGUAAUUGAGACGGGUUUUGACGAAAAACACAUUGAAUCAGUUCUGCACACUUACGAACUCAGUUUGAAGCACGAAAGUUCCAACUUUGGUUUAACACUUUUGUAUUGUACUGCUCCGAUUUGGAACCACAAUGGCGAUGCAAUUGAACAACUGCGAUUUAAUAAAUAUAUUGAUCGUCUGCGACAAGAGAUUAAAGAUCCUAAGUAUUUAUCCAAUUUGGUGAAGCAAUACUUCAAAGAGAAUACACACAGAUUAGUUUUGACAAUGACGCCCGAUAAAGAGUAUGAAACAAAACAGCAACAAUUGGAAAAGGAACUGUUACUCAGGAAAACUGCCGCGUUAACUGAUGAAGAUAAGCAAUUAAUUCACAAAAAAGCGCUGGAACUUGACCAAGAACAGAAACAACUGCAGGAUACAAAUAUUCUGCCGUCAUUAGACAUGAACGAUAUAAAUACUGAUAUUCCUAAGGUAACAUCCGAAAAGUUGAAGGACAAAACUAAAACUAUGUUGUAUAAAGUGAACGCGAACGGCCUCACGUACUUUAAAGGCAUUUUGAAUACUUCACAGCUAUCACCGGAGCAGCAAAUGAUGUUACCACUAUUUUGCUACAUUAUUACUAAGUUAGGAACGGAUAAAUUGAACUAUAGAGAGUUUGACAGUUUAGCGCAGCGGAAAACAUCUGGACUUGGUUUCCGUGUGCACAUUGGCGACAGUUUAUACCAAUUACAUUCAUAUGAACCGGGUGUAAUGCUUAGCAGUUACUGUCUGAACAAGAAUCUGGAAUACAUGUGGGAUCUAUGGUCACAAGUAUUUAACAUAUCUGCAUUGAAAGAUGUGUCUAGGUUUGAAAUGCUAGUCAAAUUGUACAUGGCUAACUUGACACAUGGUAUUGCCGAUUCUGGACAUAUGUACGCGAUGCUUGCAGCGCAAGGAUUAAUUUCUGGAGUUGCUUAUCAAAAGGAUCUUUUAACGGGAUUGCAGCAUAUUUCCUACAUGAAACGGUUGGUAAAAACAUCCAGCUAUGCGCCGAUUUUAGCUGAAUUAACUAAUAUCGGCAAGGUUUUGUUUGAUAAAAACAAUUUAAGAUGUUCAUUGAAUAUCGAUGAAUCCCAACGCGAUGCAACUGUUAGUUCGAUGGAGAAAUUUAUGUCUAUGAUUCCAACUGGUUCUUCUCCAUGCGAUGCUGGCCAAAAGUACACCACUACGAAAGUUUGGGCUCCAACAGAUUCAAUUAACUGUCACCAUCAUGUCUUGAAUGUCCCCGUUAAUUAUUGCAGCAAAACUAUUCUUACUGUUCCAUAUACGCACGCGGAUUAUUCGCGAUUGCAAAUUUUAGCGAAACUUAUAUCGGCUAAAUAUUUGCAUCCUGAGUUGCGAGAAAAGAACGGCGCUUAUGGAGGCGGUCUACGUUUGAGUACUGAUGGCGUACUAACUUUCUUUAGUUAUCGUGAUCCUCGUAAUACUGCGACGCUAGACGUAUUUGACAACACUCAUCAAUGGUUAUCAAAUAACUUUCCCAAGUUUACACCACAAGAUAUCACGGAAGCUAAAUUGGGCGUAUUUCAAUCUGUUGAUGCACCAGUUCCUCCUGGAUCAAAAGGAUCAAAUGAAUUCUUCUAUGGUCUUACUAAUGAUAUUCUACAAAGGCAUCGAGCUGCGUUAAUGACUGUAAACGAGAUAAAUCUAAAGGAAACUAUGGAGAAGUAUAUGUUGUGUAUGGAGCCGACGAAAGUGGGUAAAGUAGUACUUGGGCCUAAACCUAUGGACACUGCCGGGCGCAAGGAUGAGUUGUGGACGGUUGUUGAUAAUGAAUAAAUUGUUUAUAUUGAAGAGCAGAGCUAUUGAAUAAAGAUGUUAUCCAUUAA